CAAGAUUUCCACACUUGAAUUGUUCCCACGGCGCAAGCAUGAACAAGAAUAUUUUAAUACCUUUUUUCUUUGUAAUUGCCGUUUGCUCGGCUGGUCGUGUCCCUCUAUCCAAACAAAAUGUAAGGAAACAGGUCUUUCGCCCGUUUAUGUUAGUCGAUCCUCUCACUGCCCGUUCAAUGUUGAACAAUGAUUUCGAGAGUGGCACCGAAGAUCCGUGGUACGAUAGCUCGCCGAACACGGUCCAUUGGGUUGUCGAAGAUUUCAGUGCACCAGCUGCGAACUAUGCACCUCCUACUCCGUUGAACGGCACCAAAUACCUGAGGGCUACGCGUAACGAGCAACUCAAUCCCGGACUUCUGAUCCUGCGCACGGUGGUGUUCACAGCUCUGCCCGGCGAUGUCAUUUCUUUUGAUUUCUGGAUCCGAUCCAAGUACACCGGAGGAAACACCUUAGAUCUCGUUCUGUCCGUGGGUAAUGUUGAAUCAACUUUACUUACUUUGACCAGCUAUUCCACAUCGGUGAAUUUUGAAUGGCGUCGAACGUCCACGCCCAUUCUCGAUGAUUCUUUUAUUCAACCAACUGACGUAACACUGAUAUUUUACGCUUACUGCGGAGAUAACGUGGAUGAUGCAAUUGCCAUCGAUGACAUCGUUGUCGAAUCGGUUGCUGAUGUCAAGUCUUCGUCAGAAGAUAAGCCUGCGGUUGAGCAAUAACGUAGCGUAAUGUUUAAGUCCGGAGUCAAUGGUAUACGGAGGAGGAUCAAUGUCUAAUUAAAUUUAUGGCGACAUUCGGCACAGAAAAGGCACAGCCAAGUUUUAAUAAUUGUAAUAGGAAAUACAUAUUGUCAGUUCAAAUA